GGCCCGGAAGGAAGUGGCGUGCGGAGAGGUGUGGCGGUUUCUGCGGUUGCACAGGGGUUCGGACGAGUACGGAGCGCCUGGAGGGACAGCCUGGGUGAACGCUCACUGAUGGCUCAGCUGGGAGCAGUUGUGGCUGUGGCUGCCAGUUUCUUGUGUGCAUCUCUCUUCUCAGCUGUGCACAAGAUAGAAGAGGGACAUAUUGGGGUGUAUUACAGAGGCGGUGCCCUGCUGACUUCCACCAGCGGCCCUGGCUUCCAUCUCAUGCUCCCAUUCAUCACAUCCUAUAAGUCUGUGCAGACCACACUCCAGACAGAUGAGGUGAAGAAUGUACCUUGUGGGACAAGCGGUGGCGUGAUGAUCUACUUCGACCGAAUCGAGGUGGUGAACUUCCUGGUCCCACACGCAGUGUAUGACAUAGUGAAGAACUACACUGCCGACUACGACAAGGCGCUCAUCUUCAACAAGAUCCACCACGAGCUGAACCAGUUCUGCAGUGUCCACACGCUCCAGGAGGUCUACAUCGAGCUCUUCGAUCAGAUUGAUGAAAAUCUCAAACUGGCUUUGCAACAGGACCUGACCUCCAUGGCCCCCGGGCUCGUCAUCCAAGCUGUGCGGGUGACAAAGCCCAACAUACCUGAAGCCAUCCGCAGGAACUACGAGCUGAUGGAAAGCGAGAAGACGAAGCUUCUGAUUGCAGCCCAGAAGCAGAAGGUGGUGGAGAAGGAAGCCGAGACGGAGCGGAAGAAGGCCCUCAUCGAGGCAGAGAAAGUGGCUCAGGUGGCCGAAAUCACCUAUGGGCAGAAGGUGAUGGAGAAGGAGACGGAGAAGAGAAUUUCGGAAAUCGAAGAUGCUGCGUUUCUGGCCCGGGAGAAGGCCAAGGCGGACGCCGAGUGCUACACUGCCAUGAAAAUAGCCGAAGCAAAUAAGCUGAAGCUGACCCCUGAGUAUUUGCAGCUGAUGAAGUACAAGGCCAUCGCUUCCAACAGCAAGAUUUACUUUGGCAAAGACAUCCCUGACAUGUUCGUGGACUCUGCGGGCAGCCUGGGCAAGCACUUGGAGGCGCUGGCUGACAAGCGGAGCUUUGGCUUAGAAGACGAGCCCGCGGAGGCAGACGCGGAGGAGAACUGAACGUUUCUGUCCCCGGGCCGCACGUGACACUCAAAGAGAUCUUUAUUUUUUAACGAUGAACCAGCCCUCCCUUCCACACUACCUUCUUUGACUCUCUUCCACGUACUGUGGUGAAAAAAGAAGAAACGGACUUAAACCUAUUCCCCUUCCUGGGAGGCGGGGGCAGGGACUGAUGAAUUGGGGUUUUCUUCAGGUAAGUGGGUCACGUGACUUCUGUUAAGCUUUGGAAACCGUGGGCUAGACCUUGGACCUCCAGGCACUGAUCUUCGCCCUUUGGAAGCUGGCUUAAUUAGGGAUGCUGUUAAUGAGUGGGAGACGUGCAGGGUGUCACCUCCGACCGGACCGCCCUUAUCUGGGGAAAGGCAGUCCCGUGUUCUCAUUGUGCCUCCAAGGUGGGAGAUGCCCGUGGGUGAGGCCCAGCUACCGAGCAAAUAUGUGCUUGUAAGUUUGCCAGCAGAGCUGUGGAGAAACGGCCGCCGUGGACGUUGGCUUUCCCGGCGCUCCUGGCCGUGAGCCCGUGGGUUACUGCCGAGGCCCGCUCUCUGGAGCCCCGGUAAGGAAGAGCUGGUGCUGUAGGUUUCGCCAGCUUUUCUACACACCACCCUCCUUGCCCCAGGGCUGAAGGCGUGGUGGCUUCCGACCACAUUUUCAGGGUCAGGGUUUGGCCACCACCACACAAUUCUUCUUAAAACUUUGCACCUGUUC